CAGAAGUAAGGAACUGCAGACUGUGCUUACCAAAACAACACAAUAUUUCACAAUAUUUUUUCAGUUUGAACCGUACUGUGGGCACCUGUUUGAGAAGCAGUAUAUUUUUUAAUAUUGUCUUGCACUUUUUUUAAGCUGGGUUGAACUGAAACACAGUUUAACGUCACAUUUUGAUACUGAUUUAUUUUCUUUACACCAGGUGCGGAGUCUCCUGGCCCUCACCACUCACCAUGUGUACGGGAAGGUGUGCACGCUGCCUCGGGAUCUCCCUCCUUCCUUUGGCUUUGGCCUGCAUCCUAGCCAAUGCUCUCCUUCUAUUCCCAAACUUCGAAUACCGUUACCUCAUUGAGGGGAACGUCAGCAGGCAUGCAUCGGUUAUGAGCGGACUAUGGGGUGGGGGAUUCAUGGUUUUUAUUGCUGCAAAAUCAUUUAUGUCCGCCAGUUCCAAGACAGGUUGCUGUGGAUUCAGAACUGAAAUGCUGUGCUCAACCCUGUAUUCUGCUGUGGCAUUGACUGGUUCCACCCUGUGCUUCGGGAUCUGCUGCACCGGGCUGGUAAAGGGGCCUCUCUGUGCGUACAAAGUGACCUUCAGUAACAGAAGCCAAGGACUGGAGUGGGGCUACCCUCUCGAGCAGUUCAGCACAAGGGAGGUGAACUAUCUCUACAAUCACACCUCGUGGUUCACUGUCUGUGUGGAGCCCCACAACGUGGUGCUCUGGAAUGUGGUUCUCUUCUGCAUCCUCCUGGCACUCAGUGGAGCUGAGGCCCUUCUCUGUGUCGUUCAGAUUCUCAACGGCAUCACUGGCUGUGUAUUUGGUUCUGGUGUAAGAAACAACAAGGUUGGACCAGUUUGAAGCAAGAAACCUGAAGCAAGAGAAUGCGGUAACCUGCAGGUCAAGUUUGAGUUUUUUAAAACCAUAACAGAAGCUAUAAACUGCAAAGCCUCAGUCUGGAGUACUAUGGAACUAUGGCUUCGGUCACAACAUGCUGUAAUUGGAAGACAUUUUCCUGAGUUCACUGCUAUGGCAACAGUCUGAUCUGAACAUUCAUCUUUCUUGGGUGGGGGGAAGCAUGAGGGAAGCGGAUUGUCCUGGAGGGGGGAAAAAAAGCCUGAGAUGUUUUAGAACAUAACAAAAUAACAUUCAGUCAAUCGAAUCUGGUUCCUUAGUAGCUGAUUGAUCUCAGACCUUUGUCAAGUCUGGUCUUAAAGGACCAAGUGAUUCUGCCUCAACAACAUGACUAGGUAACCUAUUCCAUUCUCUCCCAUUCUCUGUGUGAAGAAGUGCCCACUUCCCUCUGUCCUAAGUCUAUCUACAAUUCAUUUUCAUCUGGGUCCUGGUUUCUGUACUGCGCUUAAAGUAUUGGUUGAUGAACUAUGUCAACUUUUUUUCACAUUUUAAGAACUUCAGUCGUGCCCCUCCACUCUAAUCCUCUUUGUUCUAAACUAAAUGGAUUCAGUCCUUUCAGGCUAUCAUGGUAGCUCAUUUGUUUAAACCUGGGAUUUGUCAGUUUGCUCUUUGACUCUCUCCAGGGCUACAAUGUAUGUUUUGUGCUGUGAUACAACCUUAUGAUAACCUCCUUGGAUGUGUACUCUACACUUUUGGCUAUGUACUCAGUUAUUCUGUUUUCCUUUUUGAGUGCUUCCCCGCAUGGUCUGGUUGCUGACGGAUAAGCUAAGGGAAUGACCCUGAACCAACACUAGGACACUUUAUAUCAUAUAUUUUUUCAUAUGCAUUACA